GCUGCAUGCUGGUUGGGGAUAAAGCUGAGUGCCAUUCGGUCAUGUGAUCCCUGCUUUUUUUUCUUUCUUUUUUUUUCUUCUUUCCUCCUUCGAAGUUGAAAGGCAGGAGGAGCAGAGCGGCGGAGGGGGCCCAGUUUACCUUUUUACUGGACGUGGAUACAACGUUUUCGUCUCACUCCACCCCCCCCCCCCACCCUCCCCCGCAACAAAACAAUAUUAUUUGUUUCUCUCUCUCGGGGGGAUUUUUUGGUUUUCCACGAUGGCGGGAGCUAUUAUUGAAAAUAUGAGCACCAAAAAGUUGGUGAUAGUGGGGGUUAUUCUGCUUUUGUUUCAGGCGGCUGCCUUCAUGGUCGGCGGUUUGAUUGCUCCAAGCACCACCACACCGGUUCAGUACUUGGCCACCAAGUGCGUGGACACAACCAAACACCGACAGGAGACCAAACUGUUCAUGCCCUGGGGUCCCAACCAAUGCGAAAAGAUCCGGAGCUUCGAUGAAGCCAUGGCCAAGAAGAUUGAGGCCAACAACAUUGUGUUCGCGGUCCACAUUCCUCUGCCCAACAAGGAGAUGAGCCCCUGGUUUCAGUUCAUGCUGGUCAUCCUGCAGUUUGACAUCGCGUUCAAGAUGGACAAUCAGAUAGCGGAUGGAGCAAUGGCCACCAUCGACGUGAGCCUGGCCUACAGAGACGACACAGUCAGCGAGUGGACCGAGAUGGCUCACUCUUUUGAACAGAGGAAGCUCAGCUGCAACUUCACUGCUGCCAAGACCUAUGAGAAUGAGGGACGUUACUACGAGUGUGACCCGCUCCCCUUCAUGGAGGUCGGCAGCGUGGCCCAUAAGUACUAUCUUCUCAACAUCCGGCUGCCUGUCAAUGAGCGGAAGAAGGUCAACGUGGGGAUCGGAGAAAUCAAAGACAUCCGUCUCGUUAGCAUCCACCAGAAUGGAGGCUUCACCAAAGUUUGGUUUGCCAUGAAGACAUUCCUCACACCCAGCAUCCUCAUCAUCAUGAUCUGGUACUGGAGACGGAUCACCCUCAUGAGGAGACCGCCUGUGCUGCUGGAGAAGGUGAUCCUGGCUCUGGGUAUCUCGAUGACCUUCAUCAACAUACCAGUGGAGUGGUUCUCUGUUGGCUUCGACUGGACCUGGAUGUUGCUCUUCGGAGACAUCCGGCAGGGCAUCUUCUACUCCAUGCUGCUCUCCUUCUGGAUCAUCUUCUGUGGGGAGCACCUCAUGGACCAGACGGAGAGGAACCGUUUCUCAAUUUACUGGAAGCAGGUCGGACCCAUUGUGUUUGGCUCCUUCUGCCUUUUUAUCUUUGACAUGUGUGAGAGAGGGGUCCAGCUGACCAACCCCUUCUACAGCAUCUGGGCGUCUGACGUAGGAACUGAGCUGGCUAUGGCGUUCAUUAUUGUGGCAGGGAUCUGUGCCUGUCUCUACUUCCUCUUCCUCUGCUUCAUGGUUUUUCAAGUCUUCCGCAACAUCAGCGGUAAAAGGACGUCCCUCCCCGCCAUGUCCAAGGCCAGGCGGCUGCACUAUGAGGGACUGAUUUUCAGGUUCAAGUUCCUCAUGCUGGUCACUCUGACCUGUGCUGCUAUGACUGUAAUCUUCUUCAUCAUCAGUCAGGUGAAUGAGGGCCACUGGCACUGGGGAGAGCACACGGUGCAGGUGAACAGUGCCUUCUUCACCGGCAUCUACGGCAUGUGGAACCUGUACGUCUUCGCCAUCAUGUUCCUCUACGCACCGUCUCACAAGCGCUAUGGCGACGAUCAGUCCAGUGGACAGUGCAUCACGGGAGAUACUGGAGCAAACAGCGGAGAGGACAUCCAGCUGACUACUACAAUCACUCAUGUCGAUGGCCCCACUGAGAUCUACAAGAUGACUGGCAAAGAGGCCCAGGAGUAGAAGUCGCCCUGGUGGAGGGACUCCCCUGUUACCUACUGCUCCAACGAUCCCCUCCCUCAUUUGUGUGUGUGUUUAAUCAGAGUUUUCUCUUUACAUCUAUUGGCUACAAAAUGGCACCAACCAUCCGGUUUGUAUGCAAUUUACCUUUCCCUCAUCCAGCAAAAAAACCCUCAGCUAUGUAACUUGUUAAAUGGCACCCUGAUCGCAAUUGUUUAUUUAAAGACUGAAUAUUAACAACACUUCAAUAAGUCCUUUUCAUUUCACAGUGGAUUACUUUUUUUAUACAUUUCAUACUUUGUUAACCACAUUUCUUUUUUCUUUUUUUUUGUAAAUAUUGCACAAUGCUUUUGACACCAAAAUAUAGGAGAUUAGUGUAGAGAAGUUAAAUGUAAUAAUUAAGACCUGGAUGUUUGAAAAUGAUGGACAGACAGAUCUUGUGGAUAUGUUCUAUCAACUUUUUGACUAAUUAUAUAUUGAGUCAAGGCUUUGUGAAUGUCACCAGUACAUAUUUGUCCAUUAAAAAAGAGAAAAAGUAGAUCAUGUUUAGUACUGCUGUCAAUCUUUAAAGUGGUGGAAGAUCUUUUUUAUAUCAUGGGGGGGGAAAUGUUCGGACCACAUAGCCACUUUUGGAAAUGCAUACUGUCGUUUAUGUUACAAUGUAGAUAUCUAUUUUUUAUAAAGUGCUUAUUUUCCACUUCAUGAAAUAUAUGCAUCAAGCUCUAUCAAUGUUUGAAGUCGAGUGUAGCCCAUCAUAGAUGUAAGUUAAAUAAAAACUUUUACUUAA